AGCUGUGUGAUGACGUCACUGUGUGCUGUGUGCUGCUAAACAGGAAGUAUUUUUAGCUCUGUUGCUAGCCGGCUAACACGCGGAAAGAAAACGAGGGGAAAAAAAGACGAAAAGAGGGAAAGAGGGGGGUUGACGUUGAGGACACAUGCUGCGGGGCUUUGAGUCAGAAUGAAACAACACACACAUAAACACACACGUGAGAGCUGCCGUUCGUCGGACGAUCAAGACGACAAGACGGUUGACACCUGCUGUGAUUGACGGGGAGGAAGAGGACGGCGACGAGGACGGUGUCGUGAACGAGUGCGCUCGGCUAAUUCAACUACGCCUUCAGACCGAAAAGAAGCAUGGAAGCCUCCAACCUGGAGAACGCGUCAGAGAUGGAGAUCCUCCGCCAGGCAAUCCAGGAGGUGGCCACCCAAAGCCAGAGAGACGUCGAGACCCUCCGCCAGGAAGUGCAGAACGCUGUGGGGCAAACGCAUCGAGACGCCAAGACCGCCCGCCAAGAGGCCAGGACCCUUCGCCAGGAAGUGCAGAAAGCCUUGGGCCUCAACCCCCUGGACAUGGAGGCCCUACGCCAGGAGAUCCGCGAGCAGACCCAGAGGGACAUCGAGGCUCUCCGCCAAGAAUUGCUCAACACGGUGCAAAGGGACAUGAAGGUUGUCCGCCAGGAGUCCAAGAGGCUCCGCCAGGAAGCGCAGGGCAUGGCGACCUUGCGCCAGGAGUGGGAGGAGGUCCGCAGCAACCUGUGCACGCUGUCGGACAGAAUGAAGGUGGUGGCGGAGCACACCGGCGCCAACGCCGGGCCCCCCAAGGCCAUCCCGUGGGCGUCCGCCAGGAGAAAGCUGCGGGACACCUGCUGGGGAAUCUCACUCCCUCUGGCCAUGACGCUGUGUGCCGUGUUUGGCUUCGGGAUCGGCGUCACCCUGUCCUAGGACAACUGAUUGUCUGACUGCAGUUCCAGGAAGAUAAAUGUCGAAAACAAUCUUAUUUUGGGAUUUAUUUUGCAAUUACUCACACUGACAGCUUCUAUAAACGCAUUUCUUUAAACCCGCUUGUCUGCCUGUGUUGAUCUUUGAGGCCUUUUGGGGCCACAUUUGGUUUUUUCUUGGUUUGUUUUUUAAGCAGCAGAUGGGCAGGUCAUUCAGAGAUCAGGUAAACGCAAAACGUUUUAAGAAUAAUUGCCAAUUAUUGUAAUCAAUCAAAUUAGCAUGAAUUUUAUUUAUAGCUAUGUAUCCAUUUCAUAUGUUACAUCCAUCCACAUUAGGAUUGCGCAGAAACUAGCCUAUCCUAGCUCACUUUGGGUGAGAGUCAUUCACAUUCACACCUAUGGACAAUAUAGGGUCUUCCAGUAGCCGAACAGUUUUUGGGAAUGUAGGAUAAGCUGCAGUACCCAGAGAAAACUCACACAAGCAUGGGGAGAACAUGCAAACUCCCCAAAGUGUAGGUAAAAGCGAGCUUCCGAUACACUGCCACUAGAGGGCGGCAGCAAACACCACCUGAAUCCCACGACUCACAAUUUCAGAUACGAGUAAGUCGAGUUAUACAACGCUCAUUCGCAGAGCAAAUAAGUCAAUGUGCUACAGUAUAUGUAAAAUAUGGUGAAAAU